AUGGCCGGGACAUGUCAUCCGUGCCACGAACUGGGGGUGGUGCUGUCCGGCGCCGAUCGGCGGCCAGCGCGGUACCUCACCCGGCCAGCGGCCCUCGGGAGCCUGAUGCUGGCCAAGCGCAAGCGGGCGGUGCGAUGGCCGGCCCGUUGGCGGCCCGGCGGCACACUUGCGGAUGUUGCCACCGACGUCGAGGCAGGCCCUGGAGGCCCAGGCGCAAGAGGGCUUUCGGGAUCCACGGCCGGGCCCUCAAAAGUGCGCCCGCCCGGCCGGUGCGUGCGCCUCGCGGUGCGGGAAAUGGCCGUCGAGAUGGGCCGGCGCCUGGACGUGCUGUAUGGCAUGCUGCGCCGGCAUUCGCCGGGGCACUUCUUCCUGGCGCUGGUUCCGGAGGCCGGGUCCGGCCCGGAGGGGGCGGGGGAGAUGUACCUACCGGUGGAGGAGCUGGCUGACUUGCUGGAGGUGGACCUGGGCUGCAUCCUGCCGCAGCUGGUGAGCUCCGCGCCCCGGCGGCCGGGCAGCCGGUGUAUGGCCCCGCACUUCGCGCGGCACCCGGCCUGGCGAGCCUGGAAUGGGUGA